CAACACAACUCGAUAUUAGUAGUGUCCAUUGAACGGAAGUGUUAAGGCGCUUAUAGCAACUCGACAAAUCUUCAUAAGAAAAAGGAAGAAAGUACUUUCUCUAGAAUGAAUAUCCAAGGUAAUGCAGUAUCCAAUCCCGCUGGAGGACAGGAUGUGACCGUAACCGCUGGCAAGCAAUUUGGUUCCGACAACGCGAAUAUCACAGCUGGAGCUUUUGCCGGAAGUAAUACUCUACGAGGACCACCAAAUGCUGGAGUAUUUGCAAGUGCUAAUGCCAAUGGUCAUAGUCUAUCGGUUUCAAAAACCGUUGUCCCCGGAGUAUCAGCAACCACUUCCCAUGCUGCCAGUGCAAACCUCUUCCGCAACGAUCAACACAGUGUCAAUGCCCAAGCAUUUUCCAGUGCAACAAAAUUAAAUGACGGAUUUCAAUUCAAACAACACGGAGCAGGUCUGAAUUAUAACAAUGCUAAUGGACACGGAGCUUCCAUUGGCGUGAAUAAGAUCCCCGGUUUCGGUAGUUCAAUGGACGUAGGAGCAAGAGCAAAUAUCUUCCAAAACCCAAAUACUUCUUUUGAUGUCAUGGCUAACUCAAGAACUCACCUGAGUGGCCCUUUUCAAGGGAAAACAAACUUUGGAGUAUCUGCAGGAAUUACUAAGAGAUUUUAGAUAUAAUUAUAGCUAUCAUAUUUAAACUCCAUUAUUACAUAUUAUAGUUUAUCGAUAAAAUCAGCUGAUCUGUGACAAAAAUUUCUUAUAUAUUAUUAUAUAUAAUGUUGUAAUACGUAGUAUUUACUAAGCAAAUCAAAGUUACAAUAAUGUUAAAAGCACUUUAUA